AUGUAUGAGAAAAAAAAGAGAUUCUCAAAUAUUCUGCUUAAAUCAGUGAGAAUAAUCAAGAUCUAUGAAAAAGGCUCUUAGAAAUUAAUUUAACCUGCCAAAAGUAAAUAACAAAAUUUAGAUAAGCUUUAUCCGAAUUAGAAACUAAUAUUAAAUGUUAUUAUUAAUAUUUAAAUAAGAUUGGUCAUCGUUUAGCGUAAAAUUUUAAGAUGCUUAUUAAUUUCAAGGAGUUAUU